AUGGCCGCACUGCCCUUCCGCAGCACAGUACCUGCUUUCGAUGCAGAUGUUUUUGCACAAAUCAACCCAGGCCCAGACAGAACUGAGACCAUCAGAGUGGCUGCACGUUUCCUCUCCGCUAGUAACUCAAGGCCUACAUUAUACGACAUCGACGCCCUACGGGAAGUCAUGGGAGGCGGCAGGCUGUCGCAGUAUGCAAGAACAGCUUCUGACACGAUUGAUUUGAAGCACGAGCAUGCGUUGCAGCAGGCUCAGACAACGCGCAGCGAGCCUCACAAGAAAGAGAUGGAUAGUGCGAGGCAAACAAAACGGAUCGGGCAAAAGAACAAAAAGGAUGAUCAAUGCGAUUUCAAGAUUCUGCCACUCGAUGUUGAACAUGACCUGUCGCACAAGACGAAGGCCAAUACCAAUGCUCGGUUCAACAAGUCUAAUCAGAAAAGCAAGGACACAAAGAACACCAAGAGGCAGUCACAGAGCCAGACAGACAGACAUAGAGAUAUAUCACGCCUGCAACCCGGACUCAAAGUCUCUCUGCCCUCCGCCUCCCCUCAGUCUCAGCCUCAGCCUCCGCCUCAGCCACGAAGCAACCGAAAGCAGGGUCUGCUGCAAGGGGGACUUGCCCCGCAGGACUACGAAAUGCAGCUCAGGCUGAUAGAACUGAAUAAUAAGGCGCGAGGGAUACAGGACACCUCUAAACCCUACUGGCAGAGCCAGCGCCCGCUGACUCGUCCGCCGAACCCAGCAGACACAAAGGGUAGGAUACCUGUCGUCAGCAAUGGCCAAAUUUCCCAUAGUACCGAAGCCUCUGAUAGGCCUGGAUUCAACUUUGACGGUGAAAAUGCGCUCGAGAACUUCGACUUCGACUCUUUCCUAAAUGCAGGCGAAGACUCAAAUGACGGGACUUGGACUUUCAAUUUCUCGGAUCAUGAGGUAGCAAGACCCUCAGAUACACCUGGUCAGGAAGUUGUAAAUACCAAAUACACCAUAUCCGAGGACGAUACAGUACCGGAAAGCGAGCGUCAAUCGAGAUGGUUGAUGGCACUGCAGCCGCCGCAGAAGGUACUGCCUGCAGCGCCAAGAGAUUGGAGGCGUUAA